ACACAAUCCAACUCAGUUCCAAAGGCGACUCACCUUUGAUUAAAAUGGGCCUAAACUCACGUUCAAGUGGGUAGAGUUUCAGAUGUUUGUCUUGAAACUACAACCAAAGAUAUAUUCACGUAUUGUUAAUAAAAUGCACACCUCUAAUAGCUGCAAAAACCUUUGCUUCGUUCUCCGGAAAUGCCUCACCGAAGAGCCAGACAUUGAAAAAAUCGAAGAACAGACUAUUUCAGUACGCAGCGUAGAUGGCGAGGAGAAACUGCAAAUAACAACCAGAAUUCAUGGUGCUCACCAAAAUUACCUAAGAAAAAAGGAAGAACCUAUCAAGAACACCUUCAAUCGUAUACAUCUGAAUCUAACAAAUCAGUAUAGCAAGAAAAAGGCUAAAAAACUUUUAAAACAAGGCAACUUUAAUGAGAAUAAUGGCUUCGUACAUUUUUAUCCAAAUGACGUCAAGAUCGAAAUCCAGAGGAUUUCCAGCUCGCAAAAAGUGGCAUUGGAUCUUGAAGUGAGCAACAUAGAUGCAUGGAGAGAGGAAAAUGUUCUGAAGAUUGGGGAAGAUGAAUUCAAAAUUAGAGUGAAUGCUCCAGCAGUCACCGCUGCAAAAAUACCCUCUGUGUUAAUGGCAGGAUUUCCUGUAGUCCCUUUGAUAGAUCUUGAAUUUGCAGAGAGGCAAAAGUGCAAAUUCAUGUGGUUCAGAGCUGCUUGUAAACCAGGUGCACAUGAAAAUGCCAAAGUUGACAAAAAAGCCCAAUUUAUGAUUGGAAAGUGUUGUGAUGUAAACAUGGCAUGGGAGUUUCUGUCAAAUACUUUUAAAUACAUUCCUGGUAAUAAUGACAUUGGAUAUAAACUCAAAUUUGUCUGUAUACCAAGAAGGGGUGAUAUUUUUGGUUUUUCCCACGAAGUUGUAUCAUCAUCAGGUGUUGAAGCUGGACCUGGAAUUUGCCCAUUUGAAGAAAGGCACUUAUACACUAACAAAGCUACAGAAGGCCCAGAAAAACUGCGAGUAGUGUCAUAUAACAUUUUGGCUGAUAUUUACGCAAAUACAGAAGUUGCUAGAGACGUGAUGUACUCAUAUUGCAGUCCUUAUGCAAUGGAGUUUGAUUACAGGGGACAGCUCAUUCUAAAAGAGCUUAUAGGCUACAAUUCUGACAUUAUUUGUCUCCAAGAAUGUGAUAUGAAAAUUUUUGAUAAUUUUAUGGAACCUUCAAUGAAAGAAGAAGGGUAUGAAGGUCACUUCUUAAGAAAAUCAGGAGAAAUGCCAGAAGGGGAGGCAAUCUUUUAUAGAGAGAGCAGAUUUUUGAGUAUAAAGAAGUCAGAUAUUAUCAUUGGUGAAGCAUUAAACUUACAAUGUAACACUGAUAUUUUAAAAGCAAUUGAAGAAUGUCCUGAGCUCCUUGAAAGCCUACAGAAAAGGACAGCUGUAGGCCAAGUUAUUGCAUUAAGGGAUGUUAUGGUUAAAGACCGAGUCAUUUGCAUUCUGAAUACACAUUUGUAUUUUAGACCAGAGGCAACCAAUAUCAGACUGCUGCAAAUGGCCAUUCUUAUAAAUCAUUUCAAAGAGUUUGUUGCUAGUAUCAAAUCUGAAUUCUGUGAUGUGCAGCAUGUUGCACCAUUGAUAUGUGGAGAUUUUAACAGCACACCAGAACGGGCUGUGAUUGAAUUUUUGAUGGAGGGUACAAUAGACAAAAGCCAUCCUGUUUGGAAAGAGGAAUCCCAGGAACAACCAAAUAUAAAUUUGGAACACAAUUUUAAGUUUUUCAGUGCAUGCGGUUACCCAAAGUUUACAAACUAUGUUGUUGGUUUCAGAGGGACUUUAGAUUACAUAAUUCCUGGCAAAACUGACUUUGAGGUUGACUCUUGCAUUCCUCUUCCCGCAGAAGAAAUUUUGAAACUGCACACUGCAUUGCCAUCAGUGACUGUUCCAUCAGACCAUCUGGCUUUAGUCUGUGACUUGGUAUGGCACAAAUAACUCAGGGAAUGAGAACAAUUUAUUGCUGAAAUUACUUUCACAUCAGAUAAUCCCAAUGUUGAUUAACGUAUGAUAGUAUUGAAACUCUACUAAAAUUUCACAACAUAGUCAUUUAUCUAAGUGAUACUUAUUGUUUUUUGUUUUAAAAUUUUCAUAAUAGUAUGAAAAUGAGGUAUCUUUUUUAUAAUCAAAAUGUCUGAUGUUGAUUUAUGAAUAUGGCUUACACUUUGA